AAUUCGCACGGACGGCUGGAGCGUCAGCUGCUGCUGUUUCUCAUGGGAAGCCUUGUGUGCCUUGUACCCCCCUGGCCCGGGGGUGCAGUUGCCGUGCGACUGCACCCAAAUGAUGCCUUCAACCUGGCAUGGCUGGCCAGCGAGUGGGGCAACUUCAGUGGCAGUGACACAUGGCUGUGGCAGUAUGCGGACUGCAGGGCAAUGGAGGGCAUCAGAUGUGACAGGGAUGGAUUCGUCAUCGCCAUAGAGCUGGGUUCGAAGAAUCUUCAAGCACCUAUACCUGCCAUGAUCAGCCGCUUUCAACGUCUCAGAUACCUCACGCUUCUCUUCUCCCAACUCGCAGGGCCCAUCCCCAACACCCUCUGCGACUUGACAUCUCUCCAGACUCUAAACCUUGGGGGCAACUCUGUAUCGGGCAGUCUCCCAGAAAGCUUCAGUCGUUUGGUCAGCUUGGAAUACCUCGUGCUUGGUGUGAAUCAGAUGUCAGGGCCCAUAGACCUGCUAUCCAGCCUUGUACGCUUGACGCAUCUAAAUCUUCGCCAGAAUCUCUUCAGUGGCUCUCUUCCUGAGCUUGGUGGUUCCACCAACCUCACCACCUUGAAUUGUCUGAACAACAUGCUCUCUGGAAGCAUCCCUUCGUCGUUGGGUAACCUGUCAUUGCUUCAGCAGAUGGCUCUAGGUCACAACCAACUGAGUGGGACCAUCCCCGACUCUCUUAGUCAACUGCACAGUCUCACAUACCUCAACCUCGCAGCAAACCAGCUGAAUGGAUCAAUUCCUGACUCACUUUCAGCCCUCGUUGCUCUGACGAACCUACUGUUGACGGACAACCUUCUGAGCGGCUCCAUUCCAAAAUCGCUGGCAUCACUGCAACAGCUCAGAGGCAUAAUGCUCUUCAGAAAUCAGCUGUCGGGAAGCAUACCUGCUGCUCUGGGCGAUCUCCUACAGCUGGAAUACCUGUCUCUAUCAUACAAUCCAAUGUCUGGGUUCAUACCAACAGCCAUUGGGAAGCUCACAAACUUGAUUGUCUUGGACCUUGCUGCAGUCCAGCUGUAUGGAACCGUUCCAACCACCCUCUCCAACCUAUCCAAGCUUCAGUACUUUCUGCUGACAUAUAACCAGCUCUCAGGACCGAUUGAGCCUAUCACACGAACUAUGAAGAACCUCAAGAUGCUGUACCUCUCUUCCAACCAGUUCACAGGCCGUCUACCCAGCCCCGGGUAUUCAACCACCGAGACGUACAAAGUGAACAACAAUUUCUUCUCCCACGGGGAGGUGAAGUUCCGGAACUGCUCGGCUGUCACAUGGACCAUCGAUGCGAACUGCCUUGCUGCCAAUAUGAGCGUCUGCAGCCGUGCGUCCACCCAGAGGCCCGCUCCUAUGUGUGCUGCUUUCUGUGGGCUGGAAGCUGGUUCCACUGCCCCUGUGUGUGGGGGGCAUGGCUACUGCUCUGUGGAUGAGUUCACUGCAGCAGGGGAGUGUGUGUGCGACCCCAACUAUAUGCUCAACAGCAGCAACACCAACUCCUGUGUGCCUGGAGCUGUGGGAGCAUCGCUGGCAUCAGACUCGGCCUAUUUGUCGCUGCAGGGUUCUGCCGCUGUGCUGUCCAACGGCUCCAUUCUUCUCACAGGAGGGGCGCCCAACCAGCAGGGAGCAGCGUUUGCCUCUCCCGCUCUGCGCCUCUUCUACUUCCCCAACAAGCGCCCCCUCUGCGGAAUUGAGCUCGCAUUCACCGCGGCAUUCAGCUUUGCCAUGCGUUUACCGGGCCAGGGGGCGGGUGGGGAGGGCCUUGCGUUUGUGGUGGCAGCAGCUGCUGCUGGCAAGGGGGCGAGUGUGGGGCUGGGAGGGGUGGGGAAGCGGAGUGUGGCGGUGGAGUUUGACUCGGUGCUGAGUGUGAAGCACAGCGACCCCAACGACAACCACGUGGGCGUCAAUGUGGGCGGCUCACCUGUGUCCCUCGCCUCUGCCACGGCCCCUCUCAUCCUCAACGACGCCCACACCAAGCACGCCUGGAUCCACUACGACCCCACCAGCGGCGGCACCCUCCGAGUCUUCCUCUCCUCUGACCCCCACCAGCCCCCCACCCCAACCCUCACAGCAAGCGUGUCUCUCUGCUCCGUGCUCAAGCCCACUGCAUCCGACUCUCUCUUCCUCUUCGGCUUCGUCGCCCUCUCAGGCAGCCAGCCCCAGAGGCACACCAUCCUGACCUGGCAGUUCACCACAGAGUAA